AUGUAUCUCGUGCUGCUUGUGGUAAUAGGAAGUUGCUUUGGCCAAACAUUGCUUACCCAUGAAAAGUUGUCAGCUCACAUGAGGGAUAUUGACCCUAUCCCACCAAUUGGUGAUGGUGAUUAUACUGAGUUCCAACCAGAGCCGACGGAGAUGAAGAUGGAGAGGUUAGGACUUCAAAAAGAGAACGGUUCUUCUCUUGAUACGGAUGAUAAACAAUGGGAAGUUUGUUCAACUGUCGAUAAUCUGGCUUGUAGAUGCUAUGACAAACAGUUAACAUGCAACCAUGUUCUUGGAGAAGACGAUACUGAUAUUCUAGAUACCGUAGAAGUUUACAUUAAGAAGAAAGACUUUGUUGCGCAAAUUGUCAAAUUCAGGAAUAAUGCUAUUGCCGGACUGAAAAAAGGAAAGAUUGUACCUGGACAUGAAGAAGAAGUCAGAGUAUUAGAUCUGGCACAGAACAAGAUCCAGACUAUUCAAAAUGGAGCCUUUCAGUUUUUCUUGAAUCUCAACAUUCUAAGUCUCAGUCAGAACAUUUUCCAAUCUGUGAAUAGGGACUGGUUCAUUGGAUUAGAUCAACUCAAGAGACUUAGUCUCACUCAAUGCGGAAUAACCAAUCUUGAUGACAACAUCUUCUCGCACUUAAGAACUCUCAAAAGUCUCUUCUUAGAUGGAAACAAAUUAAAGCUCACUAAGAAUUCAUUCAGUGGGUUAUCAGAGUUGAUUGAGCUAAGCCUUGAUAACUGUGGUCUGAAAAGUUUACCGUUAGACUUCUUCGAACACAUGCCAAACAUCAGAAUACUCUCACUCCGUGGUAACUAUUUGACUGAGAUUCCAAAAGCAAUUGGGUUUCUACCCAAUCUGAUUUCUUUGGAUAUUAGUAAGACGUCUUUGACAGAGUUCAAUCAUCACAGCUUAAGAAAUGCUAUCCAUCUGACUCAUUUAUACAUGGAUAACAUGGAACAUAUCUUUGAGAUUGAUGACUGUGCCUUCUGCAAAUCUCCUAACUUGACGAUAGUAGAUAUGAAUAACAACCGCGAACUUCACACUAUUCAUCCAAAUGCUUUCGGGUUUCUUGAUGAUAGCUACGGUAAGGUAGAGAAUCUCGCUGAUCUCAAUUUGGAUAAUUGCAACCUCAAAGAAUUACACCCUAAAAUGAUUAACUAUCAUAACCUUGACUAUCUUGAGACUGGUGGUAAUCAAUGGAACUGCAGUUGCUAUCUUUUCUUCAUAGCUAACGAAAUGGAACACAAAAACUUUAAUCAAUUUACCUCACCAACAUGCGCUUACCCCGACACCAUCAAGCACCGCAAAAUAUCCGAAAUUAGAGAACUCCUUAACUGCGCUUCAAUCAGGGAUACAACUCUAACAAUUUCUCCUUUCAAUUGGAUCUACAAAGUCUGUGCUGCCAUCUUCUUCUUCACGCUAUGCUAUAUAGUUUAUCGUAAAUAUGUGCAGCAUCGCUUUCAUAAACAACCUGCUCCAGCUCCAUUCACAUACCGCAAUCUUCAAACAGCCGAUGAUCAUGAUAUCGAGAGUGAUAUGAAGUUCAGAACAGAUGCAGUAGAUCUGUAA